GUUUACGUUCUCGCUUUAAUAUUAUAAAAUCGAAAGUGGAGAAGGGUUACACCACCAAUGCUUCGGUAAUUCUUCGAGACAACUUUUAAUUUCAACGGACUGUUCAUAUCGAAGAAGUUACCAUGAAGACCGCACAUGUUUUAUUGUUUAUUUGUGCGUAUAUUGGCGGCUCUUUUGCCAUUAUUCCGGAUUACCUUCAACCGCUCGUCUGCAAAACUUCCGAUCCCGAAUACGAAAAAUGCAUCUGGAACAGCUUCGAACAAUCACGCCCGUAUCUGAUGAAGGGCAUUCCGGAGCUGAAUUUGCCACCCAUGGACCCUUUUAUUUUACCCUUGAUGACGGUUAAUAGAACGUUAAAUGACGUGGUCAGCAUCAACGCUGUGUGUCGAAACAUACGAGUGGAAGGAGGACGAAAUGUGAUCAUUAAUGACGUGAAAGCGGAUCCGAUUAAGCACACAGGAGAAAUUAGACUGACCCUUCCAUGGGCUUACUUGGAAAUGGAAUAUGACGUCAGUGGAAAGCUCCUUACUAUUCCUCUGCAAAGCAAAGGAUUCUUUAAAGGAAAUAUUACUGAUACCAAAUUCUACGUCAAGGGAGCAUUGGAAACCUUUAAAAAAGACGACGGCGAAGAGUACUUUAAAGUGAAGAAAAUCGUCUCGAAAAUAGUCUCUGGUGGAGGCUGGAUUAGGCUUACGUCCAAAAAUCCUAACUUGCAGUUUGGAGCUGACAUUAUUUCGAACUUCUUCAAUGAAAAUCCAAGAAGGGUAAUGGACACCGUUAACCCAAUUUUCGUUGAAACCUCAAACGAGCUGUUUAGGGUUGUAGCCGAUCAGAUUUUGGCUAAUAUGAAGGUUUCCGAGUGGCUACCAAAAGAAAUUAAAAUGAAUCAUAUUGGCACAAGUGCACUUACUAUAACUAUCCUCUUCUUACUAGUUAUUGAGACGUGCUAUGGACAGAAAAGCAAAAGGCCAUCCUAUUUUCCAACAUGCUAUCGAAACGAUCCGAAAUUGAACCAGUGUCUGCUAGAUGCAACUGAAACUCUUAGGCCUUAUUUGGCAAAAGGUGUGCCUGAAUUAUCAAUUCCGCCUUUCGAGCCAUUCAAAAUACCUCAGAUAAAGCUGGAACAAGGUACAAGAGCGUUAAACUUUAAGGCUGUUCUGGAUAACGUCGUUGUACAUGGACUAACCAAUUAUAAGUUUUCGAAAUUUGACUUUGACGUGCCUAAUUACCAAUUUUUCUGCAAUGCUGUUGUUGACAAACUGUCUCUGGAAGGAAACUAUCAAGUAAAUGGACGAAUCCUGAUCGCACCCAUCGAAGGAAAUGGUAAAUUUAAUGCUGAAAUCGACUCCGCAGAUGUAUUUGUGUAUCAAAAAUAUAAGGAGGGAACAUUAAAAGACGGCAAGAUUCAUUUGAUUCCCGUGACUACGAACAGCAGUAUAGAGGUACGAAGGCCGAGGGCACAUCUGGACGGUUUAUUUAGCGGAAAUGAAGAGCUAAAUGCGGCAACCAAUAAGGCCAUAAACGAUAACGUGGACAUGCUGUUCGAAGAUCUGAAGCCGGUAGUUGAACAUACGCUAAGCAGAAUUUUGGAGGAUGUUCUUUUAAAGUCCAUUAUCGAUAGUAUUCCUUGGGAUGAGUUAUAUCCUGUUAAUCCGGCAUUUAAUAAAUAAAUUAUAAGGUCAAUCGGGGA